CGAAUAAACAUUCACAACUAGCUUAAAUAAGGCGAAAUCACAAGAGGAAUUCAGUGAUUUACGAAAGAAAAGUGUUAUUUGAUGGGACGAUCUGUUAGUUCAUCAGGUACUACGUCAAGGUUAUAAGUGGAUAUCACAAGCAACAUAGCUACACUAUUGCUCAAUUGAGAGGAAAACAUAUUGCUCCAUCAUUAAAGGAUAUUUAACAGAGGAAACUAAAGUUCUAUAACGGGCCAGGUUCAGUGCACAACGCCACUUUUUAAUAAUGGAAGAGAUAUAUUUGACGAGGUUAAACAAAUUUGUGUCGGAAAUAAAGAAUCUAUCCAACAACUCAAGGAUCCUCAUUUCGUUAAAAGCAUGGAACGAUGAAGAAUAUGAACAAGCCAAGAUUGCUUCGGCAAAACUACAAGCCGUAAUAACAAGAUUUAAUACCGAACUAUAUCAGUACUUUAAAAUAGUAACAAAUCCAAACGCGGACGAGAUUUCAACCAUGACAACUGAACAGUUGGAAGGUGAUGAGACUCUGGCUGAAUUAAACGCCCUUAUUCAAUCUAAACGAGACAAAAUUGGUGUACCAUCCACUACAAGCCACCCUAGUAAUAGAGGAAAGUUGCCAGAACUUAAUUUGCCCACAUUUGAUGGCAAUAUUUUACAGUGGACACAAUUUUGGGACCAAUUCAGCUCAAAUAUUGAUCAGAGAGAAUUAAGAGACGUAGAUAAACUUCUGUAUCUAAAAACAUCCUUGAAAGGAGAUGCGAAGACCAUUUUAGACGGGCUAGAAACAACUAAUGACAAUUAUAAAAUAGCUGUAGCCACACUUCAUAACAGAUAUGGUAGAAAAUCGCAAGUAAUUGAUGCUCAUUAUUCAAAAUUAUAUAAAAUGACAAAGGCUGAGAACUCCGAUGAAUGUAGGAAAACAUUAGAUGACAUUGAACGACACUUAAGAAUUUUAAAUACUUUAGGAGAAAAUACCGAACAUAACCACCUUAGAUUCUUAAUUAUGGAAAAAUUCCCCGAGGAUAUAAUAUACGAGUUGAAACUGAAAUUGAAGGAUGAGUCUAUAGAAGAGUUAAGAAAAGAGUUGCAAGUAGUGCUCACGGCCAGAGAAGAUGCAAAGAGAACUUGUGAAGAAUUCAAGAAUAAGGAGAAGAGCUUCACUACAGAAACGCUUCUAAUACAAGAGUCCAGGAACAAGAAAAGAACAAGGUCGAGGAAACCAGAUGUUAGCAAGGACACACAUAAGAAGCAUAAACCAACCUUGACUGCCUUUAGUAAGACAUAUGCCAAUAAACGAAAGUUCAUGGAAGAAAGAAACAGUUCUGCACCUAUUCAAAAGAAAAGAAAGAUUUCAUGUAUAUUCUGUAGUGGAGAUCACUUCAAUGAUGAGUGCACCAAGUUCAAAACAGUACAACUCAGAAAGUCAAAGUUAAAUAACCGCUGCUACAUAUGUUUAGGUCUAGGUCACCGUGCAAGAACGUGUAAAAGAAAUUUUAGAACUUGUCUACAUUGUGGAAGAAAAGGACAACACAACAGAGCACUGUGCCCUACGAAGGAACAACCCACGAAGGAACAACCUAAGAAGGAAACCACGACCUCAUUACAUAUCAAUGACGAUUCGCCAACAGUACUCCAGACAGUUAUAGUUAACGCUAUAGGCAGAAACAAUACAAUACUCGAAUGUCGUGUGCUCUUCGAUUGUGGCAGCAUGAGAAGUUAUAUCUUACAAAAGGUAGCCAAAAAACUUAACCUGGAAUCUGAAGAGAAACAGCAUCUCACGGUAUUUACCUUUGCUGAGGAUAAACCUCGUGAGUUGGAGACUCCACUGGCCAGACUCUGCUUGCAAACAAAAACUAAUGAACUAAAGUUAAUAUAUGUCAACAUUGUGCGCUCUAUGACUCAUGAAGUAUCCACCUUUAGCAAGGACUUCUUAGAAUGGGAACAUCGAAACAAGUAUAUUCUAUCCGAUGACGGAUCACUCGAAGAUCAAGUUGACAUCCUGAUAGGGAACGACUACUAUCAGUCACUAAUGCUAUCCGAGAAGAUAGAGAUAAAGGAAAAUCUAUAUCUAGUGAAUUCUGUGUUUGGUUGGAUGCUGUCUGGUCGAUCAAGAGAAGAAAGAGGAGAAGAAUUAUCAGUACUUACAUACUUCCAAGCCUCAUACGAGACCAAAUUAAAUGAACCAGAUCUACCGUUGGAUAAUACAUCUAUGAGAGCCUUAUGGGAUUUAGAAUCUAUAGGAAUUGUCGACUCGCCUAACACCAAUAGAGAUGAAGAAGCGAUCAAGCAUUUCAACGAAAACACAAUACUAGAAAGUGGAAGAUACCAUGUCAGCUGGCCAUGGAAGGAUUAUCCUCCAGAGUUACCAACAAAUUACGGAUUAGCAUAUGGAAGACUUGUGGGGCUCGUGAAAAGACUGGAUAAAGAGACGUUAUCAAUGUAUGAAAAGACAUUAAGUGAUCAAUUGGAAAAGAAAAUUAUAGAAGAAGUUCCUAACAAGAAAGAAAGGGAUCAUCCUAUACAUUAUUUACCAUUUCACGAAGUUAUGGCUACUGGAAAAGCACUUAGACUGGUAUAUGAUGCUUCAGCGAAAGUAAAGAAUGCGAAAAGUCUUAAUGAAUGCUUAUAUGCCGGUCCAAUGAUGCUAGAAGACCUGACUGGAUUAUUAAUUCAAUUCAGAUGCCACAAUGUAGGAUUAACUGCAGACGUAGAAAAGGCUUUCUUGCAAAUUGGAUUGAAUAAUAAUGAUAGAGAUGUGACUAGAUUUCUAUGGCUGAAAGAUACAGAAAAACCUGUUACUGAAGACAACCUUAUACAAUACAGAUUCACUCGGGUACCCUUUGGAAUUAUCUCCAGUCCAUUUUUAUUAAAUGCUACAAUAAAGCAUCAUCUACAGACCUCUGAAGGGAAUUAUACAAAACAGCUGGCCAAUAACAUAUAUGUGGACAACCUACUUACAGGCACAGAGUCAGUAGAUGAAGCAUUAGAUCUGUAUAAAGAGGCAAAGGACAAGUUUUCUGAGAUAUCAAUGAAUCUUAGAGAGUGGAGUUCUAAUUCAAAGGAUUUUCUCAAUCAAAUACAGGAUGUGGCUCCAGAGAUCACAGUGAAGACUUUGGGCUUAAAUUGGGACUUAAAGGAAGACUCACUCCAACUUAGAGCCAAAGUAAACAAGAAUAAUGAGAUUACGAAGAGAGGAAUACUCAAAACUAUAGCGGCAAUAUACGAUCCUUGUGGAUUCAGUGUACCCAUAGUACUGCCAGCCAAACUACUUCUCCAGCAAUUAUGGAAGGAAAAGGUCAAAUGGGACAGCUCAUUAUCUAAUGAAACAAAACAGAAAUGGAUGAGUAUUCUAGAAGAUCUUAAAGAAAUAGAGUCAAUACGUCUACCAAGAAAUAUGACUGUGCCAAAUAGACAUAAGGCACAAUUACACUGUUUUACAGAUUCUUCGACAGUAGCCUACGCGGCUGUAGUAUAUCUGGUGCAAGGAGAUAACGUCCAGGUUGCAAAGGUAAAAGUGGGAGACAGUGUGUUCACAAGAUCCAUAGCACAUUUGUAUCCUCUGGAAGCGGAUGAAGAGGCAUCAUUCCAAGAUUCUACGAAAGAAUCCCCAGUGUAUGAAGAUAAAGAAUUACACAUCCGCACUGAUGGUCUUUCUCAGUCCUUACCAUUAAGAACUGAAGAGAGUAACGUCUAUGUUCCUACUAGCUCUAUCAAAGAUCAUCAAAAACUAAGCAAGAAUAAUGAAAACGAUUUAACGAUGGAUCAGAGCGAGUUGUUGGAGAAUACAAGUUCGACACAAAUUAUGGAAACCACUCCAGAUCCAGUUCCUUCUGGCAUAGACACAGAAAUGAAUGAUGAAGCGACGUCGAGUCACCAGGCUGAACCAAGUGAUCAACGUCGAGUAGCUGCCGUUCAGGCUAUGGAAAGGAUCCAUAGAUGGACGCAAGAAUUAAUGUCAACUAUCCAAUAA